UAAAAUGAGCAGGGGUGGUAAAAUAAGCAGGUGCUUAAAUUACGGUAUUUGGUCAAAUAAAAUAUUAUAAUCUUUAGGCCACCCAUUAUUUUACUCAUAAAAACCUUUUUGAGCACCCCUAUGUUGCAUUGAGCCUUCGAAUAACAUAAAUAAUAAACAAAAACAAACCGCCCGUGCAGUUGCUUGUCUGUGAUCUAAUUUUCGGCUUGCAUUAUUUAGCGAUUUUUGUGAUGUAAACGUUCAAUUUAUCGAAUCAAACGCUACAGGACAAUAAGUUAACUUGAUACUCAGCUGUUAACAUCGAAAAUGGGACGGAUUUAUGAGAGGAAAACGGAGCGGCAAACCUGGACAGAUGAGCAGAUGGCCGCGGCAAAGCGUGCCGUUGAUCGCGGAGUAUCUGUCCGUCAUGCUGCAAUUACACACAAUAUUCCCAGGGCCACUCUCGCCAGGUGGGUUGCUUCUCCGGGUAAGAAAAGAGGACUUGGCUCGAAGAAAACGGUGUUCUCGCCAGAACAAGAGAGCGAACUGGUUCAGCAUCUUCUUGAUUUGGAGACCAGAUUCUAUGGGGUCAACAUGAAAGAUGCUCGCAAACUUGCCUAUGACCUGGCGGAGAAGAACAAGCUACCUCACGACUUCAGCCACAAACGCCAAAUGGCUGGCAGGUACUGGCUUCAAGGAUUUCUCAGGCGAAAUCCAACCGUAUCAUUCCGGAAGCCGGAAGCAACAUCCAUCGCUCGAGCUAGAGGGUUCAACAAACCCUCUGUGAAUAACUUCUACGACCUGCUGCAGAAAACUUUAGACGCCAAGCAUUACCCCCCGAAUCGCAUUUUCAAUGCGGAUGAAACUGGAGUCAAUACGGUCCCUCCGAAGAAGCUGAAAAUCGCGGCCAGGAAGGGGAAAAGGCAGGUUGGAUCGAUUACUUCUGCUGAGCGAGGAGUGCAAACAACAAUCGUGAUGUGUAUGUCCGCAACCGGGCAACAUUUGCCACCCUACGUGAUCUUCCCUCGGGUGCGCAUGCACGUUUCGUUGAAAAAAGGUGCACCGAACGGAACCAAGUUUAAUUGUAAUCCUUCAGGUUACAUGACCAGCGAGAUCUUCCCAGACUGGUUUGAUCAUUUCAUUGAAAAUACCAACCCAUCAGAAACCAACCCGGCCUUGCUGAUUAUUGAUGGGCACAGCUCUCACAAGGGUUUGGCGUUUGGUGAAAAAGCUCUGGCCAAUUUCGUUGACGUUAUUGUGUUGCCUCCACAUUGCAGCCAUAAAAUGCAGCCUUUGGAUGUGGCCUUCAUGGGCCCAUUCAAAAGCUAUUAUGCAAGAGCUUCGGAAAAUUUUAUGCGCAAAUUCCCUGGCAAAGCCAUAACGCUGUACGACGUCGCGGAAUUGAUGGGUGCGGCAUAUUUGAAAGCCGCUUCAGCAGAAGUGGCUGAGAACGGUUUCCGAAAGUCUGGCAUUUGGCCUUUCAAUAGGAACGUGUUCAGUGAUGAGGACUUUGCUCCAUCCGAAGUGACCGACCAGCCAGAAAUCCGACCAACAAAUCAGCCAGUCAAUCCCGAUCAGCCAGCAAUCGCCACCGACCAGGUAGAAGUCACGACUGUUACAUUGAUCACGGUAACUAAACCACUGGUGCUUGAUGGAUCAACAGUACAGCAGAUGCCGAGUUCAAUCAGUUUUCCUGAGUUAACCGGUAAUGACUAAUGAGGUUCUUGACGAUAAUCAAGAUGAUGCCAAUCAAAUCAUCAGCGUUGAACCAAAAUCUGAAGCCUCUCCGAACUCCUCAUUCACCAUAUCACCGAAGGACAUUCUACCACUUCCGAAAAUGGCAGCUCCGAGAAAUGCAAAGCGCAAGCGUAAGGCAGAACAGGCGGUUGAAAUUACCGGAGAAAACUAUCUUCAAAGCUUAGCCACAUCGGAAGCAGCAAAGACCAUCAAGGCCAUAAAAAAAGGACGAAAAACAACGAAAAAGCGAACCAAGGUGCAGAAGAAAGCUGAGAUUUUCGAAGAUACGUUGUGCGAUCUCUGUGGUGCAACUUUUUCGGAUUCCGUUGAUGGCCAAGGAUGGAAGAAGUGUCAUUCCUGCUUGAUGUGGUUCCACACAGAAUGCGGUACGAACGAAGACGAUCUCGGAUGCCGAUUCUGCAACUGAAUACUUGUAUUGCCCAGAAAUGGGUCUCUAAUUUUGAAGUUUUUAUUUUUGCACUGAAUGUGCAAACACUGAAUAUGUGCUCGUUUUACGUUUUUCAAACUUGUUUUGUUUGUUAUGAAAUAAAUGUGGAUAUUUGAAGAAUAAAAAUAACAGCUGUGAUAUUUGUUAUGAAGAGCUGAUGAUGUUAAUAAUAGAUUAGUUUACAAUCUUUUUAUUUAACAAUAUUGUUGAAAAUUACAUGAAGUCGGUUUUUAUUUUCCAAGGUGUUCAUAUUACCACCUCCAUAUGCUCAUUUUUCCACCCCACUAUGCUCAUUUUACCACCGCCCCUUGCUCAUUUUACCCGCAUUCUAUAGAACAGUCGAUAAUUAACUCGUGUUCUGAAACACGAAAAAAAUACGUGUUUUGCAAUGAAUCUGACUAAAACUUAUUAAUAUUUGUAUUAAUGUAUGAUGGCAUAAUGAUUAUCUGCCGUUUAUUUUAUGUUUUACAAUUGAAUAGUGGAAAAAAUCAAGUAAAAGCUUAAUAUGCUCAUUUUACCACCCCUU